UCGUUUCUUCACCAGUCACUUGCUUGUUUGUCUGACUGAUUCUCUCUGCCUGCCUCUCCUCAGACUGACGAUGGCUGAAGCCCAGCCGUGUGGAUUACAGGAUGAAUUCACCUGCUCGGUGUGUCUGCACACCCUGACUGACCCUGUCACCAUCCCCUGUGGACAUAAUUUCUGUCUGAAGUGCCUAACAGACUACUGGGAUCAGAGCCAAGUGUACAGCUGUCCUCAGUGCAGACACACCUUCACCACAAGGCCUGAGCUGAACAGAAACACACUGCUGAAUGAAGUCAUCAAGAAAUUUAAGAGACCAAGACUCAGUCCUCAUUCUUCUCAAAGUUUUGGCCCUGGAGACGUAGAGUGUGACUUCUGUACUGGGAAGUUCAGAGCGGUGAAGUCCUGUCUCACCUGUGAGGCCUCCUACUGUCAGACUCACCUGCAGCCUCACUAUGAAGGAGACACCCUGAUGCACCACAAGCUGGUUGAUCCUGAUAGAAAUCUGAAAGGGAAACAUGAUGGUCAUGAAAAGGUCAAGCUGAAGAUGGAAAGAGAAGAAAAACAGAAACAGCUGGGGGCGACACUGAGUGAAAUCAGGAGGAGACUUGAGAAGAAAGAGAAGAAAAUGAAGGAGAUGAGGAGGACAAGAGAACAGAUUCCGAUCUCUGUGGAAAGAGUGAUGGAGGAACAUAAGAAGAGCUUCACUGAUCUGAAACAGUGCAUUGAGGAAGCCCAAGAGAAACUGACUGAAAAGAUAAGAGAACAAGAAAAGAGAGAAACAGAGAAGGCUGAAGGAGUCAAGAAGCAACUGAAGAAGUUUUCAGAGACCAAGGACCAUCUGUACUUCCUGAAGACUUUCCCAUCUCGCUGUGUCCUUCCUGCUGAUGAAGACUCGAUCAGCUUGACUGUCACUGCUGAUUUCUCUUCUAAGGACCUACUAAAGGAGCUGUCAGGUUUGAAAAAGUGUCUGAAGAAGAUCAGCCAGUGGGACAUCCUGCCUUUGACUCCAUCAGGUCGUGAAGCUCCAAUCUUCACCCUACUGGCUCCUGAACCUCAGAGCAGAGAGGAGUUUUUACAAUACUUUUGUCUCCUCACACUGGACAUCAACACAGCACACAGAGUCCUUCGUCUGACUGAUGGGAACAAGAAGGUGACAUGUGAGUGGACAGAAGCUGAAUAUCCUGAUCAUCCUGACAGAUUUGACCGCUGGCCUCAAGUUCUGUGCAGAGAGGCUCUGACUGGGACUCGCUGUUACUGGGAGGUGGAGUGCAGUGGAGGUGACCUGAUGAUUGGAGUUGCAUAUAAAGGACUGAGAAGGAAAGGGAGGGGUGUGGAGUGCACCCUGGGAUACAACAACAAGUCCUGGUGUUUUCGGUGGUCUCAUUCCCAGUACUUUGUGUGUCACAAUAACAAUCAGACUGUAAUCAGUGCCCCCUACAGCCCCAGAAUAGGUGUGUAUCUGGACUGGCCUGCUGGCUCUCUGUCAUUUUAUAGCGUCUCACACACAAUGACCCUCCUGCACAGGUUCAACACCUCCUUCACUGAGCCCCUCUGUCCAGGGUUUGGGUUUGGUCCUGACUGCAGUGUAACAAUCUGCCAUCUGACACCAUGUGACCACUGACCAGCACCCUCCACCGGUCACUUGAUGUCCCCACAAGCUCUGGUCCUCUUUGUGUUUGUAGUUUAAGGUGAAAUUAAAUUUACACAAUGGGUGGGUUUGGACGGCAGCACCUCUGAGAUUGAAUUUAUGGAUGAGAAUGCGGGGCGAGUGCAAUUGUCAGGGUCUCCAUUAUUAUUGAGUCUGAGUAGCCAUUCAGGUGUGUGUGUCAUAGUGAGGGGUGAUGACACCUCAGACCUACAAAUACCAGUCUGACCAGUAGGGGUCACUGUUGAUUCACAGCCACAUGUCCUUCAGUCUGACACCCCAACAACUACUGAGGCCCCCAAGUGUCUCUGAAUUUCACCUGUUUAGUACGACAGACAUGUGGUUCUGCUGGACCAGCACAACUGAAAGGCGCUAUACAGACUCAGUAUGGAGAGCUCUUGAAUAGUGACUAUACCGUGGUGCUUGAAAGUU